AUGACUAAAAGAUCUUUGAAAAACGUUCUUAUAAACAAUCUAACUUUUCGAAGCAGCGACUCGUCUCAAGAACACUUUGAAGACAAUCUUCAUCAAACACAAACAGGUCAGGUUUCUCAAACUUCACACAGUGAAGACUCAUUUCAAGAAAGCCUUCAUGAAAAUAGUCAGAUUUUCGCUUGUCCCACACGUACUGCUAAAGUAAGAUGUUUGCAAAACUUGACUAACAUUAUACUAGCAGAAAGGUCAUAUGAUUUAGAUGUUUCACGAGAUCGUGCGUCACAACGUGUGGCCACUGAAAUCGACGAGCAACGGGAACGACGUCUAAAAGAUUUGCGGCAGCGUGCGGCACAACGUGUUGCUACUGAAAAUGACGAGCAACAGGAACGACGUCUACAAGAUUUGCGGCAGCGUGCGACACAACGUGUUGCUACUGAAAAUGACGAGCAACGGGAACGACGUCUACAAGAUUUGCGGCAGCGUGCGGCACAACGUGUUGCUACUGAAAAUGACGAGCAACGGGAACUACGUCUACAAGAUUUGCGGCAGCGUGCGACACAACGUGUUGCUACUGAAAAUGACGAGCAACGGGAACGACGUCUACAAGAUUUGCGGCAGUCGACACAACGUGUUGCUACUGAAAAUGACGAGCAACGGGAACGACGUCUACAAGAUUUGCGGCAGCGUGCGACACAACGUGUUGCUAAUGAAAAUAAGAAGAAGUCUAAGUUGCUGAAAAUGACGAGCAACGGGAACGACGUCUACAAGAUUUGCGGCAGCGUGCGACACAACGUGUUUUUACUGAAAAUGACGAACAACGAGAGCGACGCCUACAAGAUUUGCGGCAACGUGCGGCACAAAGUGUAG